AUGACCCUCGAACCCGAGUACGUCCGACUGCACAUCACGCCCCUCGACAGCGGCCUUCUCACCACCUACCUGCCCGCCUCCACGUCGGCGCGCAACGUCUCCUUCCACACCAUUGAGACGUUUCCCGAGAAGCGCUACGGCUACGUCGACCUGCCCGUCGCCGAAGCAGAAAAGCUGAAGAAGAAGCUCAACGGCGCCGUGCUCAAGGGUAGCAAAGUCCGAAUCGAAAAGGCCAAGCCGCCAGUUGACAUGGGCUCGUCCACGAAAGAGGAGAAAAGGGUGAAGAAGGAUGCGUCUUCCAAGAAGCGCAAGCGCGAGGAGAACGUCGUAGACGGAGUCGCGCUGUCGGGUCGCAAGGUCAAGCGUGGCUGGACAGAGUCACCCGCCGAAUCGUCCAAGCGCAAGAAGAAGGACCGCUCUGUUUCGAAGGCGGACAAAGCUGAGAAGAAGGAGGAGAAGGAAACAAAGAAGGAAAAGCAGGAGAAGAAGCGGACAAAGUCAAAGUACACAGACGGCGAAGAGUGCCUGCUCAAAACCACGGUGCCGCCCAAUGCGACGAGAAAUCUACCUGAGGAGGACAAGCGCGAGAAGAAGAAGCGCAGGAAGAACAGUAGCAGCCGAGAGGUCACUGUGCACGAGUUUGAGAAGACGAUCAAGUUCCCCGGCUUCCUGAAGGACGAGGGCGUCAAGGGGCGCGCUGGCGCCGAGGAGUACGUGGAGGGCGAGGGAUGGGUGGACGCAGAAGGCAACGUCGUGGAGGCGGUCAAGGAGAAGGAGGUCAAUUUUCCAGAGAAGAAGAGCAAGAAGGCCAAGAAGCCGGUCGUUGUGGAGGAGGACAGCGACACGAGCAGCAGCGGAUCCUCGUCUGAGGAGGACGAGGAAGCAGAGCCAAAAACUCAGGAUUCGGCUAAAGUUACCGCGGACGACGUCUCGAGUGAUACAUCCUCGAGUGCGUCUGAGGACGAGACCAUGGUGGAAGCUGCUGCACCGCAGACAGAGCCGCAACCUGCUCCAGCCUCCGACUCGGACGACACAAGCUCUUCUGGUUCCGACAGUGAAGACGACGACGCCCCGGUCGCCAAGACAGUCGCUACACCCAAGUCUACAGCCGCACAUCGUCGAACUUCGUCCUCCAGCCUCAAGAUUGAUAUCCCCCCACCACCAGCCACGCCCGCCGGCACAGUCCAUCCCCUAGAAGCCCUCUACAAGCGGCAAAAGGAUGCGGACCAAGAAGAGGCGCCCGCUACGCAGUCCUUCAGCUUCUUCGGCAACGGCGACGAUGACGACGACGACGACGCCCAGGACGACGAUGACGAAGCAGACGAGGACGCGGCCCCAGCCGUGCCCAUGACACCGUACACCCGCCAGGACUUUGAGUGGCGCAACCUGCGAAGCGCCGCACCGACGCCUGACACGGCUCACCCAUCACGGAUGCAGAACUUCUGGGCCGAUCGCCAAGAUGAGGACGAAGCUGAAGAGGAGGAUGCAGAGGAGGGCGUGGCCAAGCCGAAGGAUGCGACGAGCGACUUUCAGUCGUGGUUCUGGGACAACAGGCGCGAUCUCAACCGUAGUUGGAUGAAUAGGCGCAAGACGGCGGCCAAGGAGAGGAGACACCGGGAGAACAAGGCCAGGGCAUCGAGAGCGGUCUAA